AUGCACGAGCGACAGUUAAUAUUUGAAUCAGUCUUACCAAGUGAACUUGAUCCAGCUAGAUUCUCAAAACCAGUUAUUGAUGGUAUUGAGCAACCGUUAACAGUUACCUGUACAAAUGGUGAAACUAUUGUACAUAAUCCAAAAGAAUUAAAAAUUGCACCAUCAAUAAAAGAUGAUUUUGAUGAUGAUGAAUUAUUAGCAUGUGCUGAAAAUCUUGAAAAUGUUCCUCCGGAAAUCUUAGAAAAACCAAAGAAAACUAAAGAACGACCUAAUAAUCCAUUAUUUAAAUAUCGUCGCGGGGUUUUAUCAGUCUCGGAUUUAUCUGCUCAAAUUUGGUGUGAACAACAAUUAUUAUAUAAAUUUCUCUAUCCAUUUGUUCUUAAUGAUGAUGGAGAAAUAAAACGUGUUGAUGAUAAGCCACAUAUGUUACGCGGUACAUCAUUACAUUUAGAACGUGAAUUAGAAAUUCAAAUAAAAAUUUCUAUUGAAUGUAAAACACGUGAAGAUUCAUAUGGUGUACGUUUAUUAAAUAUGAUACAAGGUAUUAAUGGUAUAUUAACAUGGGAUAAACCAAAUGAACGUUAUAUAACACGUGAAAUGCCUAUUUUUGGGAAUAUGUAUGGUGGUAAAUUAUAUUUCCGUGGUAUAAUUGAUGAAAUCAAUUAUGAUCCACGUACAAAUCAAUUAGAAGUUGUAGAAUUUAAAACUCGUGCAUCUAAAACAGCACCAAGACCUCAACAAACCUAUACACAUGAAGUUCAAGUUAAUAUCUAUCGAACAUUACUCGAUGAACUUAUUCAAGGGCGAGUAGAUAAAUCACUUUAUUUCGAACGUUAUAAUCUUGAACCAACUACUCCAUUAUGUGAUUCAGUACGAAAUGAAUAUAAUGAACGUGGUUUUUCCAAUGUUGAUACAUUGGAAAAUGCUUUUGAUCUAUUAACUAAAUUAGCUUUUCAAAUGCCAACAAUUACAACUAAUGGUGCUAUUGAAUAUAUUCUUCAAACUGAUGCAACAUGGAAGCAUCGAAAAGAAUUUCACCGUGAUGAACAUCAUCUUGAACAACUACUUCUUAAAUCUGAACCAUUCUGGCUUGGUACACGUGAACCAGAAGGUGUUGAUAUUGAAGAUGCUUAUAAAUGUAAUUGGUGUGAUUAUUCAGAUAUAUGUCAAUGGCGUGAAGAAAAAGCAAAUGAAUUUGCACGAAAAAAACAACGUUUAAAUUAA